AUGAUUUUAGGUGAGAAACAUGUAUUUUUAUGUGGUAAAGAGUAUAUAUUUGGUAGAAAAGAUUGUGAUAUAGUCCUCAGUGGAGAUCCCUCAGUCAGUAGAAAACAUGCUUCUAUUACAGUCACUCAUUCUGAUGCCAACUUGGCUAACCCUGACAAACUACCUAUUAUUCAGUUAAAGGAUUUAUCAAAGUUUGGAACUUUUGUUGGAAGUAAGAAAGUGGAUGGUGAUAUCUUGUUACAAGACGGGACUACAGUUCUUUUUGGCUCACCUAAAUCAGGUUUCAUGGUGGUGUAUGAACCAUUUAUAAUUACCACAUCCUGUUUAGAUAGUGAUAGUAAGAAAUUGACUCGCAGUAUCAUGAAGAAUCUAGGAGCACAUGUUGUUAAUGAAUAUAGAUCAGAUUGUAAUUUGUUAGUUAUGAACUCUAUCAGUGUCACUAUAAAGGUUGUUUGUGCUUUAAUCAAUCAAAAUUGUAUAGUUACACCUAAAUAUUUAGAAGAUUAUCAAAAACAUUUACAAGGACAAGGAGAAAAGCCUGAUCCACAAAACUAUUUACCAACAGUUAUUGAGUCACAAGUUGAUUCAGAAAAAGUCUCAUUUCUACCAAAUAAUAAACGCAGAAAUGUUUUCACAAAGAUGAAAUUCAUUUUCUUUAGUCCUAAACAGUUUAAGAAGAUGAAGUUAGCUGUAGAAUUAUCUGAUGGAAUACCUCUAUUGUUAGAAGAUGGAUUAAAAGAGAAUGAUAAAUCUAUUUUAUAUGAACCAGGAACUGUAGUUAUGACACCAAGUGAAGCUGUUAAUACUCUACCAGUAACAACACAGAAAUUUUAUCAUCAAGUUUCUCAAAUUCUCACCAAGAAAGCAAAGACUAUGAUUGGUGAUAGUGAAGUUGGUUAUGCUGUAUUAUAUUGUUCAACAGAAAAACAUUGUAAUCCAGAUAUACCACAACCUUGUAAGUUACUACACAAUCUUUAUUCCUAA